CCGCAGAACUCUCUCCAUUCUUCGCCGUCGCAAUGGCCUUUCUCCUCCGCCCCUUCCCGGCGGCGUUUGCCCUCUGCACCAAAUCUUGUUUUAGAACAUCCUUCCCACUUCUGCGCACCACUUACCGCUGCGCCACUUGUAUAUCUCCCAUAUUCCUUCGGAAACGCGUGUUUUCGAUUUCCGCUUCGGCCGAAACUAUUGGCGUUCCAACUGCCGGAGAGCUUCUUUCUUCCUCCACUGCCUCUCGUGCAAAUGCAACUUCCCUUGAAUGGGUGAACAGGACAAAUUUCUGUGGAGAAUUGACUGAAUUGGAUGUUGGAAAGCAGGUGCGACUCUGCGGGUGGGUGGCGCUCCACCGUGUCCACGGCGGUCUCACUUUUCUCAGCCUCCGAGACCAUACUGGAAUUGUUCAGAUUACCACGCUGCCAGACGAGUUUCCUGAGGCUCAUUCUGUUGUGAACGACUUGAGGAUUGAAUAUGUAAUCGCAGUGGAAGGCCAAGUUAGAUGGCGUCCUGAGGAGUCAAUUAAUAAGAAAAUGAAGACAGGCUUCAUAGAGGUUACUGCAAAACAAGUCCAUAUAUUGAAUGUAGUGAAAUCUAAGUUGCCAUUUUUGGUUACUUCUGCUGAAGAUGCAAAAGAUUCAACUAAAGAGGAAAUCAGACUAAGGUAUCGAUGUCUUGACUUGCGGCGUCCUCUUAUGACCUCCAAUAUUAUGUUGCGCCAUAGAGUGAUGAAACUCAUUCGAAGAUAUCUUGAAGACACGCAUGGUUUUGUGGAGAUUGAGACUCCGAUUCUAUCUAGGUCUACACCUGAAGGUGCAAGGGAUUAUUUAGUGCCAUCAAGGAUUCAGCCUGGAUCAUUUUAUGCCUUGCCACAAAGCCCACAACUCUUCAAGCAGAUGCUAAUGGUCUCUGGCUUUGAUAAAUACUAUCAAAUAGCAAGGUGUUUUAGAGAUGAAGAUCUAAGAGCCGACAGGCAACCUGAAUUUACCCAGCUGGACAUGGAAAUGGCAUUCACUCCUCUGGAGGACAUACUAAAGCUCAAUGAAGAUUUGAUUAGAAAAGUUUUCCUAGAAAUCAAAGGAGUCGAACUCCCACUUCCUUUUCCAAGGCUCACAUAUACUGAAGCUAUGGGACGAUAUGGGACAGACAGACCAGAUACACGCUUUGGUCUCGAAUUGAAAGAUGUGUCCGAUGUUUUCACGAAUUCUUCGUUCAAGGUUUUUUCUGAUGCCUUGUCUAAUGGCAACAUUAUUAAAGCAAUAUGUGUUCCCAGCGGAGCCAAAAACUAUUCCAAUAGUGCUCUUAAAAAGGGUGACAUUUACAACGAAGCAAUUAAAUCUGGAGCAAAGGGCUUGCCUUUCUUAAAGGUCUCAGAAGAUGGCAGCCUUGAAGGGAUUCCUGCUCUAGCUUCCAGUUUGGAUGCUGCUGACCAAGACCAUUUAAAGAAACAACUGUCUGCUAGUUCGGGUGAUCUCAUACUGUUUGCAGUAGGUAAUCAUGCCUCUGUUAGUAAAACCUUAGACCGGCUGCGGCAGUAUGUUGCACAUGAUUUGGGCUUGAUUGAUCCUUCAGGGCACUCCAUCCUUUGGGUCACUGAUUUUCCAAUGUUUGAAUGGAAUGAAUCUGAAGGAAGGCUUGAGGCUUUGCAUCAUCCUUUCACGGCUCCCAAUCCUGAGGAUAAGGAUGACCUUGCUUCUGCCCGUGCCUUAGCAUAUGACAUGGUUUACAAUGGAGUCGAGAUCGGUGGAGGAAGCUUGAGAAUAUACAAGCGAGAGGUUCAAGAAAAGGUUUUGGAAAUAGUCAACAUUUCCCCUGAACAGGCCGAAGCUAAGUUUGGUUAUCUUUUGGAGGCUCUGGACAUGGGUGCUCCCCCACAUGGAGGGAUAGCAUAUGGGUUGGAUAGACUGGUGAUGCUAUUGGCAGGGGCGAAUUCAAUAAGGGAUGUAAUCGCUUUCCCAAAGACGACCACGGCACAGUGUGCUCUCACGCGUGCCCCCUCAAAGGUGGAUCCGCUGCAGCUGCAGGAUCUGUCGAUUCAGUCAACCUAGCUAGCUCGAUUUGUUAAGACAGACAUACAUGUCAACCUAACCGAACCUAACCUGGUGAUGGAAUGCGAGUGAGUGAUCAAAGAUGAAGAGGGAUGGAUGGAUUUCCUUCAAAGUUAAAAUAUGGUGCGUUGCUUUAAUUUAUCUACAUCUGUAUGUUGCUACUUACACUUUAUUAUUAUUAUCGUCGUCAUCCAUGGUAAAUGGUAAUGGACUCUCUUUAUUUAUUUAUUUUAAAAAAUAUAUUUUUUUGUAGCUUGAGUUUUUCUAAAUAAGAUUUGAUAGAACAUUGGUGAAGGAGCUACAUUAUAUAUAUAUAUAUAUACACACACUGUUUAAUACAUUGUAAUUAUUGACUCC